CUCACUACACGCAAAUACGAGCGUUUCUGCAUAUCACAUGCAGGAACGGGAUCGCUACAUUUCCUGGUUGUAAGCAAACUGCAAUAUCCUGAAUUCAUAGCGAUUUCAGGACGUGGAGGACCGCCUAAUGGGAGGUGUAUCCAAUUGAUGUGAGAAAUAUCAAAAUGUCUGUGUUUGUAGCCAGCGCUUUCAGCCAGAGGAUUUCGAAACGGAACUGAAGUCACAACUGAUGGGGUUGUUUUUCCAUCGAUUUUCCCCUUCCAAUAAGAAAGCAUCCGGUCAGCGCACGUUACCCAACUAACUACAUUUGUUUAUCUAAACCAAAAGCUAUCUAACUUUCAUAAUACGCUGGCUAAACCCUAAAAAACAAUGCAAUUAGCUCCUGGUAUCUGCUAUCUUUUCAUAUAUAUGCUGGAUCGAGGCAUCAACAUGGUCUGUCUUUUAUCGUUGGUGUGUUUACAAGUAGGCUACAACUUAUAUUGUAGUUUUUUUCCUGUAUUAUGGGGGAUUAGUUGAUUGUUAAGGCAAGCCUUUAAUUAUUUCUUUAUUUUUAACUAGGUAAGUCAGUUAAGAACAAAUUAUUAUGUACAAUGACGGUCUAGGAGCAGUGGGUUUAACUGCCUUGUUCAGGGGCAGAAGGACAGAUGUUUACCUUGUCAGAUCGGGGAUUCGAUCCAGCAACCUUCCGGUUACUGGCGUCCCCCUGACAACGGUGAGUCGAGGAAAUGUCAGGUUUUGACAACUAAUCAUAUCGCCGUCUGCUACCACGAAGUAACCAAGAAUUUGACCAAUGAGGAUAGAGCUAUGGCGGGACCUUUAAAUUCUCGUCAAGUGGAUCAUGGAAAAAUGUAUUUCAUUUUAGGUCAUGUUGUUCCCGAGUUUUCUUUCCUUUCUGAACUAACGUUAGCUAUGACCUGUGGCGGGACCUUUAAACGCUAGAAGAGGACCAUGGACAAAUAUAUUUCCUCAGUGAGAUUACAUAUUCCUUCCCAAAGGGAUAGCAAUGUAUUUUGCCUGAUGUGGAUCAUAAGGUGUCCAAGGCAUUGUUCAGGUGUCCGGGGAAUGAGAUUCCAGAGAUGGACAUUGCCAGGGUUGACAAAAUGUGGUGUGACCGACCCUCCACCACCAUCUGCAGCUCAGUAGAGAUGGAGAGGGACUUUGCCUGUCCUCUGCUGCUCUGGAUGCCCAGGAAGCUCUGGCAGGUUCAGCUGCAUUGCCCACAUUCUGUACAGUGGGAAGGUCAUCAGUUGGAACGUAUGGUUCCUUACACUGUUCCACGCAAAUACACUGGGGAGCUGAUAGGUUUGGAGUACCUCUUCGGUCAGACUGGUUUGGUGCUGCAGGAUUAUAAAGCUGCCAUUGAGGAACUGGAGACGGGUGAUCCUGAUGUCCAAGAGGAGGAUGAUGAGGGCUUUGUCGAGCUUGUGGAAUUUCAGGACCUGACGGUCCCGGUGGUGGAGACAGCCCUGCCUCUUGUUGGCACCUUUUUCGUUCUACUCUCACCCCCUCUACCAGCAUCCAGUCCACAGCUGCAUCAGUCAGUCCCAUGUCCUCCACUCCUGUACGGGCUACUCCUCCACUCCUGUACGGGCUACUCCUCCACUCCUGUACGGGCUACUCCUCCACUCCUGUACGGGCUACUCCUCCACACCUGUACGGGCUACUCCUCCAUACCUGUACGGGCUACUCCUCCACACCUGUACGGGCUACUCCUCCACACCUGUACGGGCUACUCCUCCACACCUGUACGGGCUACUCCUCCACACCUGUGCUCGUCAGUCCCUUGUCCUACGUUCCUGUUCGGGGUAACGUUACUCCUUAGUCCAUGGACCAUAAAUGUUCUUUUUAAAGUGUGAAUUGGCUCUGGCAGUCAGAACAGCCAAAUACUCCAUCAACAGUAUUGAGAUAGUGAAAUGUUUUGUUGUUUCGGCUCUGUACUGCAGCACCUUGGAUUUGCAAUGGUACAGAUGUCAGGUUUAACGUGAGGGAAUUUUCAUCCAUAUUACAGCACUUUUUAUUACAGCAUUUUUUUCUACAUAUUCCCCCCAUUUAAGAGGAACCAAAAGUAUGGGGAUAAAUUCACUUAUGUGUUUUAAAGUAGUCAAAGGUUUAGUAUUUGGUUGCAUAUUCCUAGCAUGCAAUGAUUACAUCAAGCUUGUGGCUACAAACAUUUGCUCUUUGUUUUGGUUGCGUUUCAGAUUAUUUUAUGCCCAAUAGAAAUAACUGAUAAAUAAUGUAUUUUGUCAUUUUGGAGUCACUUAUUUUAAAUAAGAAUAGAAUAUGUUUCUAAACACUUCUACAUUCAUGUGGAUGCUACCAGGAUUACGGAUAGUCCUGAUGAAUUGUGAAUAAUGAUGAGUGAGAAAGUUACAGAUGCACAAAUAUCCCCAUGACAAGGGCUAUGUUGAGAGGUGGCUUGAAAGUAAGCAUUUCAUUGCAUUGUUUACACCCUGCUGUAUUCUGUAUAUGAUCAUUAAAAUUUGAUUUGAUUUGACA